AUGCUGUGCCGAAUCCAACUGCAUAUUGUGCUAUUGCUCGCUCAGCUGCUGGUGCUGCCUCUGCUUCAUGCCUCGCCAGUGUCUAGUCCAGAGAUAGUCAACAAAUCGGCCAAGUCACCCAACAGCGUUCUGUCACAGCAGCAAACACAACAACAACAACUCAAGUCCAGCACAAAUGGCCAGGAUACGCAUCUAAAUUCGUUGAGUGCAUUUGCCACCAGCUACGAUAGCUUGGCUUCGUCUCAGGCACAACUGCAGCCGACAGCCGAGGCGGGUUUCAAGCCCUCCUAUAAGAUGCCAGAAAUGGAAACGAACUUUACACCUAUGCAAAGUGGCAACAUCGGCGAUAACCCCACCAUUGCCAAUAUGCCCAGCACGCCCAUGUUGAUGCAGUAUCUGCCGGCGCAGUCGCUGCAGGAUGGAAGUGGCACUGUGCAGUAUUUGCAGCUGAUACCGACCCGUCCCAUCAUUGUGCCAAUCAGUCCCUUUUUGACGGCAGCUGCCACUGGUGGCGUUCAGGCGUCCUCACCCGUCCUUACACCUAACUUGAGUGCCACACCCGAGUUUGCAACACGUGGAUCUACUGUACAGCUUGGUGCUCUGCCCUCCAAUACGGCCGUCACGGGUUUACACUAUGCUUCUGCCGGUCUGCAGGGUUACGCGAAUUCCAUUAGCCCAGUUGCCGCCUAUCGCAGCAGCUAUCGCAUCAAUCGUGAGGCUAAGGAUAAACACUUUCCUCCCACUUUCAGCCUUAAUCUUAAUGAGUAUCUGCCCUCAGCUGCAGGUGGUCAUGAUGCCGCAGCUGCCGGAGCAGCAUCGCAUCCCCAUACUCAACUCUACAUCAGAGCCAGACAAUAA